AUGCCGCGCGACGAUGAAGCACGUGAGCUUCGGACUAGGGGUCAGAAGUCGAAAUUAGUUGUUAUGCAACGCGCUUGGUGCGUUGAAAUCAGGCCAGCAAUCAGAAAAAGAGCGAAAAAACAGCGCUCAGCUAAGAAGAGUUCUUCAGCACUUAGUUCAGCGGUGACGAGCGGCACUGCGGCAGUGGUUAUAGAGAACGUUGCGCAGACGCAGCAUCUCUCGAUGGAUCAACCCACCAAUACUGCCUCGGGUAGCAACGAAGACGAAGAAGACGACAAAUCCGAGCUAGGAGCAUUUGCCGAAGAAAUGAACAUGAAGUCAGCUAGGUUCAUGCUCGCAGCCGUCGUUGAAGAAACUGGCCUAAUAAUGGCCAACUUAGCUUCACCUAUUCCCAUGAUGGACCCAAAUACGAACAACGAUUCGGGGUAUGCGCCAUCCAACAUCGAUGGGGAUACCAAGGAUCAUUCCCCACCGGCUUCGCCCACGCCCAAGGAAGAUGGGGAGAAGAAGAAAGAGGAAGGCAAGAAGGAAGUGCCUAAAAAACCGGAGUUGAGGAAAAAGCUCUCGCGCAUUGGUAGCAGCUCCGCGAUGUCAACUCCUCGGAAGCGGUUCCGCAGCGCAGUCACUGCUGCGCGGUUCACCAUCUUCCGCGCCAACCGCGCGGGCAAAUUGAGAGCUAAGAGUUUCGCUAAGAAGGAGAAGAAAGCCACGCAGACUUUGGCUAUUGUGCUUGGUGUAUUCCUAAUCUGCUGGGCACCAUUCUUCACGUGCUCCGUCCUGGACGCGCUGUGCACCAAGUUAGACCUACCGUACUCUCCAGGGGUCACUGCUUUCAUCCUAACAACCUGGCUGGGCUACAUCAACUCGUUCCUGAACCCUGUCAUCUAUACAAUCUUCAACCCUGAGUUCAGGAAGGCGUUCCGCAAGAUAUUACAUUUCGGCACCUAGCCUUUGGACUUUUACGUCAUGUACGAUAUAACUAAACAGGCGUAAAGCAGCGUUAAUUUCGCUCAAAGAACUGUCUUUACUCUAUUGUUUUUUUUCUAGGGUUGUGAGUGGCGUACCUUAUGUAUACAGUACACUUGUCCUGGCUAACUAUUGUAACUAACUAGCCUUAAAUAAUUUUUUCAGCGAAACUUAUUCUUCAUUUCGCACACAUUCACAUCUUAAGGUCACCAUAUACGGGACGAUUUUGUCUUCACGAUCUGUCUGUUCAGACUGAUCGAGACGGCAAAUCGGUAGUGUAUGUUAAUGUCGUUACCGAUUAACUUGGGGAGUAGCAACGGAUCUAUGCGAUUAUCGUGACGAUCGAAACGAGAAAUCGUCUAUGCCCGGGGGUACCUUGAAGCUAGUCGCUCAUUCGGUCAGAGAGUUAUGGCAUCUUGAAAUUAGACACUUUUAUAGCGCUG